AUGGCGUCGGCGACCGACCGCGAGAUCCUCGAACUGCUGCGCAAGCUGAGAGCGACGUCGUUCUGGGAGUUCAGGGCCCAGUACAUCGCAGAGCUGGGAGAAUGCUGCUCAGCGCAGAAGCAGUCUGGAGCUGUAGUAGACCCCGAAGUCAUGCAGCAAGUCGUUGCUGAGAUCGCUCAGAAAGCAGGCGACUGGAGCGAACACGUGCGGGCGGAAUCGCUCUCCUCCCUCGGCAUCAUCGGGGAGGUCAAUGAGCAAGUAGUGGCUGCCCUUUGCGAGGGGAUGAAGGACCAGUACGAGAACGUGCGUAACUCUGCUGUUGCUGCCAUGACCAAGGCCGUGCCGCAACCCAACGAGGACGUACUGAGGAGAUUAGAUAGCGUGCUCUUCAGCUUCUAUGAAGACGUUCGCGAAUGCGCUUUGAAUUAUUUGGUUAGCACUGCCAGUCCGGAGACGACAGUGGAGGCGCUGGCGAAGCUGCUAGGUAGUGACAGUCAGGAGCAGAGGUUGUGGGCUGUUGCGAGCAUGGGGAAGCUUGCGCUGCACGAGGAUGGAGGCAUGAAAGCUCAGCAUCCUUACGCUCGUCCUGUGGUGGUACAUGCCUUAAAGUUGGUACAGGACGAGCAGUGGCAGGUUCAACGGAAGGCGCUGGGGAUUGUGAGCAACGGUGAGUACUUGGAUGGCGUCUGUCCGAUCUCUGAGGGAGAUGCAGUUGUACAGGCUGGAUACUCUCAGAUGGUUGAAGAUCUCUGCGAUCCUCAGAUUCUGCAGGAGUACGUCGACUCACCACAGGAAGUAGUGCAGAUGAUCGUCUCAAUGCACAAGGGCGCUGCUUCGGACGAGUCCUCUUUCGUCCACCAGCAGAAUCCCUUCCUGGAGAGGCCGUUCCUCCACGACGAGAGCGUCUUGAGAGUGAGGCUGAACAGGGCAGAGAAGCUCCUGUCCAACACAGUCUCCGUGUACAACGCGCUCUCACCUCAGGUGGGGGGCGUCCACAGGAAGAAGUUCACCUUCUCCAUUCCAAGACACAAGUUGAACUUGAGCCGGAUGGACGUCAGCAUGAACUCCUCAAGAGAAGACAGAGGGAGGGCGACCUCGUUGUCCCCUCAGCUCCUCCUCGGCUCCCCAGGCUCGAGGCAAGGCAGCCCCAAGGAAGUCUCGCCCAAGGACACGACUAUCUUGAACUCGCUUGUGCAAGGGAGGGCCGUCGGUGACGACUCGAGGGCGCGGUUUGAGUUUCAGAGGGACCUGGAGCGAAAUCGAUCGUUCUACCAGGGGUACAAGAAACCUUCCUUGAAACGAGUCAACAGGAGCAAGUCAAGUCUUGACGGAUCCUCUCACAAGAGCCCGACGUACUCGCAGGUUUUCAACCUCGCCGACCUUGACUUGUUCGAAAAAGACAUUUUCAUGGAGAAAAGGUACCAACCGCCGUCCAAGUUCACCAUGGGACGAGCGCCGUCACCUGUUGUGAGGAUGGAAGUGGUACGAGGACAUGCGCUCAGCACGACCAAGGUCGUGAGGGAUCAUCUAUCGCAGAUGUGCAACGAUCAGUUGAGGCAGCUGCGAGAGAUUAAGCUUCAUGAUAUUCUUUAA